AUGGCUCAAAGGUUCGUGAGUCCUCUCAUCUUGCUGGCUACGGCAUUCUCCUGCAUCCAAGUCGCCAGCUCAUUCAGUCCUCUGCGGGGAUACGUGCAGCAGUCCAGGACCAGAGCUGUGCUACCGCAUUCCCCUCUUCUCCGCCAUGGGUCGCAUCGAGUUGCUGUGCGGCCCUCAGGGGGGGAGGCGAGGAUGCUGACGCGGCUGAGGAUGCAAGGGGAAGGAAGAUCUGUUGGGAUAGAUCUGGGAACAACCAACUCCGCAGUUUCUGCUGUUGUUGACGGCCGACCAGUCAUCAUCCCGAACAAGUUUGGCAAACCCACGACCCCAUCAGUAGUCGCGUUCCGGUCGAAAGGCUCAGGCUCUGACGAGGUGGAUAUUCUCGUGGGGGCGGAAGCUCUGCAGGUGGGAGAAGGAGAAAAUUUCAAGUUGUUCUCGUCUAUCAAGAGGAUCAUCGGGAGGUCCAAGAAAGAUGCCCUGACUGCAGCCGCCGACCCAGCAGUAGCUGACACUUUCAUCGAAGCCGAAGAUGGCUCCGUCCUCCUGCCCUGUGCUGUCCUUGGCAGGAACAUCGACCCUGCCGAGUUCUUCAUGCCAGUUCUCGGAGAGAAGGUCACCCGCGCUGUUAUCACCGUCCCCGCAUACUUCAACGACAGGCAGAGGGAGGCGACGGAGGCAGCGGGGCUGCUUGCCGGGCUAGAGAAGGUGAAGAUCCUGAGAGAGCCGGAAGCCGCGGCCCUCGCGUACGGUCUCGAGAAAAGGGAGGACGAGCUCAUCUUGGUGUUUGACCUCGGAGGAGGGACGUUUGACGUUUCUGUGCUGGAAGUGGGAGGGGGCAUCAUAGAGGUAAUAUGGACGGGCGGAGAUUCGUUCCUGGGAGGAGACGAUUUUGACAAAGAGAUCGCGAGCUCUGUGCUCAAGGCCUUCUCUGAGCAGUGCGAGGAGGAAGGUACUCAGUGCCCCUCCCUGGACGUGGUGAAGAAGGACGACAAAACCAAGUUAUCUACAGCUAGAGUCUCAACUGUUGAGAUCUCAGACUUCAUCGAAGGGAAAGACCUGAAAGUCAACAUCACCUCCAAGAUGAUUGAAAGCAUGUGCAAGCCUCUCUUUGACAGGCUCGCCGUUCCCGUUCGUCAGGUGGCGCUCAUGUCCGGCAUCGAACUGCAGGGGGAGCUCAUGGACUGGAACAACGCUGCUAAAGAUGUAACAGAGACAGUUACGGCACAAGUGGGAUCAGAUCCGCUCGACUAUAAGGCACUAAAAAAGCAGCAAUCGCAAGACAGAAAGAACGCCAAGCUGAUCAAGAAGCAGAAGGCUGAGGUCCAGAAAGUCCAGAAGAGGGUUGGUGGCAUCAGGUUGCGGAAGUUUCCUGCCGGCAGGAGGCUCAGCGAGGUCAUCCUAGUCGGAGGAGGAACCAAGAUGCCUUCAGUCACCAACCUCAUCCGAACCAUGACCGGCCUGACGGCCAAGAAGACCAUCGAUCCUGACGAGGCCGUCUCCCUCGGCGCUGCCAUACAGGCCGGUAUGAUGGACGGGCUGAUCCAGGGGUUUGAAGUGCUCUCCCCGCUCCAGGCGGCCCUCCUCAGAGGCUUCGCAAGGAAGAGGAUGCAGGAGGAACAAGGCACUUACAAGCCCCUCACGGGAGAUCCCGAGGACCCUCCAGAGGACGAGGACUGGGAGGACGAUGAGUGGCUGGAGGACGAGGAGAUUGCUGACUUUGACGAAACCGAGGACCAAGCCUGA